UCUAGGAGACGUUGUAUUUUUUCCUUGUUUGAGGAGUGCUUUGUUUGGCAGUAUCGAAUUUUCGAUUUUGUAUUUUGAUUUUCUUUUUUUUCAUUUUGUGUUGUCGGAGAUUGAUUUAAAUCUAUUAGAUCGAACGAAGACAGAGUUUAAAUUUGGACACUUGAUAGUUGAAACAAAGGAAAUGUGGUAAGCUGUCAUGUUUUAUCAUUGUCCAAGUGCAGAAAUUUAUUUCAUGCCUGGAGUUCUCUUUGUACUCGAAAGAAUCUGUUUUGAAGGCUCUGUUUGCUUUUGCCGUAAUUUUUUAAAUUUUGGACUUCGUUUAUAUUUCUUAGUUUUUUCGGCAGCCAAACGGUGUACACAAAUUCCUUGACUGGUUAAGCAUAAUAUGUUAUGGCGAAAAGAUCUUACUUUUUACUAAAGGUGUCUCCUUUUGUAUAAGAAAGUGUUUUUUUUUUUUUUAAUUUAUUCUUAAAAUUGGGUUUCUCAAAGACAUAAAGAGUUAUCUAUGAACCCCUUUUCUUGCUAAAAUUGAAUGAUAUCCCGGGUGUUGAUGAAUCCUAUACUUUUGUCCUGCAGCUGUGAUUUUUUGAAGAUUUUGUAUCAUAAAUAUGGUAGAUGAUUUGAAUAAAUAUCUUGAAAUUUGUGGGAUUAUACAAAGGCAUAACAUCCUUGUUUGAUUGAUUAUUUACUUCCCAUCUUGAAUAAACUAUCAUUGGCUUUGUUUAUAUAGCUUUUUAGACACUUUUUGUGGGAUAUUUUAGUAGAUUAGUUUUAGUUAAUAGCUAAAUGAGGGUAAAAAUGGUUUAGUUUAUAGAUGAGUAAGGAUGAAAGUCUCCUGUAUUGCGGUGUAUAACAGCUGUUGGCGUACAAUUUGGUUUUAAUCUGGUGUCAGGGGCCGUUGGGGAGCUUUAUGUACACAAAUUCAGCAUUAUAUAGUCAUGGAUACAUUAUGAGGAGCUUAGGGCAAUGGGAAGUGGUCUUUGCACCUGGAAAUGAAGGAGAGGCAGCGGUGGACAGCUGAAGAGGACGCAUUGUUACGUGCAUAUGUGAAACAAUAUGGACCAAGGGAGUGGAACCUUGUGUCACAACGCAUGAACGCACCUCUAAACAGGGAUGCAAAAUCUUGCUUGGAAAGGUGGAAUAACUACCUCAAACCUGGUAUCAAGAAAGGAUCUCUUACAGAAGAGGAGCAGCAUCUUGUAAUCUGUCUCCAAGCCAAACACGGCAAUAAAUGGAAGAAAAUUGCAGCUGAAGUCCCUGGCAGAACUGCUAAAAGACUGGGCAAGUGGUGGGAGGUCUUCAAAGAGAAGCAACAAAGGGAACAGAAGGAGAAGAAUAAGACAGUUGAUCCAAUUGAGGAGGGCAAGUACGAUAAGAUAUUAGAAACUUUUGCGGAGAAACUAGUGAAAGAGCGUCAUAGCUCAACCUUUUCCAUGGCUACUUAUAAUGGGGGCUUUCUUCAUACCGACCCACCUUCACCUGCACCAACUCUACUUCCAUCUUGGCUUUCUAAUUCCAGCAAUGCCUCCGCUGUCAGGCCACCAUCCCCUUCUGUGACUUUAAGCUUAUCUCCCUCAACAGUGGCAGCUGCUCCCUCAAUCCCAUGGCUGCAGCCCGAGAGAAUGUCAGAAAAUACCCCUGUUGUUUUGGGAAAUAUUGUACCCUAUGGAACAGUUCCUCCUUGUGGUGAGAACUUGCUGGUAUCUGAACUGGUGGAGUGCUGCAGGGAGCUGGAAGAAGGGCACCAUGCUUGGGUUGCACAUAAAAAGGAAGCAGCCUGGAGGUUAAGAAGGGUAGAGUUACAACUGGAAUCAGAGAAGGCAUGCCGUAGGAGGGAGAAAAUGAAAGAAAUAGAGUCGAAGGUCAAGGCUCUAAGGGAAGAGCAGAAGGCUACUCUUGAUAGAAUUGAAGCUGAAUACAGAGAACAGCUAGAAAGGCUAAGGAGGGAUGCCGAAGCAAAGGAGCAAAAAUUAGCUGAGCAAUGGACUGCAAAGCACUUGCGUCUUACGAAGUUUCUUGAACAAAUGGGGUGCAGAACCAGGCUUGCUGAGCCUAAUGUCCGGUGAGGAAGAUCUAUUUUGAUGCAGUCUGCACUUUGCUUUCAAAAGACUGCAUUGCUGCACAUUUUUGAUCAUGUGUCCCAUUCUCUUCUCGAAUUCCACAUGCAUGAAGGCAUGCCUGUCAUACCUGCAAAUGGGGGGGAGGGGGGGUGUUGUGAAUUGAGAGAUGAAAUGUUUGUAUGUUAUUGUAUUGUAUUCAUUUUCACCCCUGAUGUAAUUUCAAAAUCGAAGUUCUACCUGUUUGUACCUCUCCAUUCUAUUCAUCUCCAAUGUCCACUUACAUAUAUAUAUAUAUAUAUAUGUGGGGUUAAUGAAAUAUUUCACCUACAAAUAAAAAAGAAUAACAUAUGUAUAUGGUCUAUUCUAAGACUUGAUUUUCAGUCAACAUAAGUAUAUCUUUAUUUCAAUGAAAAGAAGAUAGAACAACGGCAAUAUUCUUCAACCACUCUUACUAAGUAAAGAGCCACAACCUAUGGGGGAUAUGGCUUUGGAGAAAGAAACGAAAUCAGAGAGACUAUCUUAGAGUUUGCUAGGAGAGACUAUCUUAGAGUUUGCUACUGCAUUUGAUUUAACGAUAUUAAACAAUGUUUUAAGAAAAGAGAAUCACACUUGAUGACAUUUAGGAGUGGAUCAAAUGUUAAUCAAUUUGAUUUUUUUUUUACGAGGAAAGAAACUAGAAGUAGUUGUAAGAAUUGCAAGGUUCU